AUGGCAACAGCCACGCAGACACUGCCCACAACGGCAAUCGAGCUACCGAAUCUACACGGCAGCUAUGAACGACAACGGAAUCUGAGUUCAGCCCCAGAGCCAGAGGUGGAAGAUGACGUGAUGCGCGAAUCGCUCAUUGCCGACUCACAAGUACCAGAUGGUGGAUACGGCUGGGUUCUUAUUUUCGCGUGCGCCGUUGUGACGUUCUGGUUCGUUGGCGCGUCGUAUACUUGGGGUGUCAUGCAAGCCGAACUAGUCGAGAAGAAGGGUUAUUUGUCUUCGACAUUGGCGUUUGUGGGAUCGCUUUGUCCGGCUUGUAUUUCGCUUCUGGCCGUGCCGAAUGCGACGGUGAUUCGCAAGAUCGGUGCCCGGAACACUGCGUUGCUGGGAAUCUUUCUGCUCGGGUUGGGAAGUAUCCUGAGUGGAUUUACGACUGAUAACAUUGCGGGGUUAUUCAUGACUUGGGGGUUCAUCAAUGGGCUUGGGACGAGUUUGUGUUUUAUGGUUGUCUCGGUGACUCCGGCACAGUACUUCAAAGCCAAGCGCGGCAUCGCCAACGGCAUCGUCUACGCGGGCGGUGGCCUCGGUGGCACGGUGAUUAGUUUCAUUCUGAACGGCCUGUUGGAAAGCGUCGGCAUCGCCUGGACUUUCCGCAUCCUCGGCCUCCUGAUCAUAGGCACCGGCCUACCGGCAGCCUACCUAAUCAAAGAACGGGCACCGAUCAAACGGGCCAAGAUGGUCGAAUGGAGCCUUUUCAAAGAUGUGCGCUUCGCCGGACUCUUUGCAAUCGGUGCCAUCGCUACAUUCCCACUCUUCGUGCCUGCCUUCUUCCUACCUCUAUACACGAACUCGCUAGGUCUGCCGUCCAGUGCCGGAGCUGGUCUGGUUGCGGCGUUCAACUUCUGUUCAGCUAUUGGGAGGUUGUCGUGCGGAUUUGCGUGCGAUAAGUUGGGUUCGCUGAAUACGCUUUUCUUGUCGUUGCUGCUUAGUGCUUUGAGUAUCUUCGUGCUAUGGCCCGUUUCGACUUCUAUCGGACCUCUGGCUGCGUUUGUUAUUAUCAACGGCGCGGCGAAUGGGGGCUUCUUUUCGACUAUGCCGACUGUUGUUGGAAAUGUGUUUGGUUCUGCUAGGGUGUCGGUUGCGGUGGGGAUGAUCGUAAGUGGAUGGUUGGGUGGAUAUCUCUUGGGUGCCCCGAUUGCCGGUUAUAUUCUCAAUGCAUCGGGUGGACAGGCCGGCGGCAUCGGUGCCUAUCGACCGGCUAUUUUCUACGCCGGUUCCAUGGCUACCGCUGCCGCGACUCUGGCUGCGAUAGUUCGAAUGAAGGUUGAUCGCAGAAUCAAGAAGACUGUGUGA